AUGGAUAAAUCAAAACUUCUGCAAUUUUUUUCUGUUAUAAUUCUACUUGUUCUACAUGUUUCUAAUUCUCAAGCAGCCUCAUCAAGUGAGUCCAUUUAUGUAACUUUUGUUCAAUGUCUUAAAAGCCACACAACACCACAAGAUGAAAUUUCCAACAUAGUCUAUGCCCAAACCAAUGCAUCAUACACCUCUAUUUUUCAAGCCUUUGUUAGAAAUACAAGGUUCAAUACCCCCUCCACCACAAAACCAUUACUUAUCGUCACCCCGCAGCAUGAAAACCAUGUACAGGCCACUGUACUUUGCUCCAAAACAAUUGGUCUUCAUCUCAAAAUUAGAAGCGGAGGCCAUGAUUUUGAAGGUAUUUCGUAUAUCUCUGACUCGCCCUUUAUUAUCCUUGACAUGUUUAAUUUUCAGAAUAUCAGUGUUGAUAUACAAAAUGAGAUCGCUGUGGUUCAAACCGGUGCGAGUCUUGGACAAGUUUAUUAUAGGAUAUGGGAAAAGAGUAAAGUUCAUGGCUUUCCUGCCGGUGUUUGUCCAACAGUUGGUGUUGGUGGACAUUUGAGUGGGGGAGGUUAUGGUAACAUGAUGAGAAAAUAUGGUUUGUCUAUUGAUAAUGUAAUUGAUGCUAAAAUUGUUGAUGUCAAUGGUAGAAUUCUUGACAAGAAAACUAUGGGAGAAGAUCUGUUUUGGGCUAUUCGAGGUGGUGGAGGAGCGAGUUUUGGUGUCAUCUUAUCAUACACUGUUAAACUUGUUUCGGUACCAGAAAAGGUUACAGUUUUUACAGUUGACAAGAGUUUGGAGCAAAAUGUUCUUGAUAUUAUUUUCCAGUGGCAACAAGUUGCACCACGAACCGACGAUAGGCUUUUCUUGAGACUACUUUUGCAGCCUGUGAAUUCAAAGGUCGUGAAGGGUCAGAAAACCAUAAGAACUUCAGUUCAAGCUUUGUUUCUUGGAGGUGCUGAUGAACUUGUUAUGAUACUAGGGAAAGAGUUUCCUUUGUUGGGACUAAAGAAGGAAAAUUGUUCUGAAAUGAGUUGGAUUGAAGCUGUGUUUAAUUGGGCUAAUUACAAUGAUGGUUCUUCUUUAAAUGCACUUCUUGACAGAAACCAUUACAAAGUGCAUUCCAGCAAAAGAAAAUCUGAUUAUGUAAAGUCACCAAUUCCCAAAGAUGGGUGGAAAUGGAUAAUGAAUAAGAUAACUGAACUUGGAAAAGUUGAGCUUGAUUUCAAUCCUUAUGGAGGAAAAAUGAAUGAGGUAACUUCUGAUGCGACCGCGUUUCCUCACCGCGCAGGGAAUCUGUAUAAAAUUCAAUACACUGUGAGUUGGGGAGGAUCAGAGGCUGGUUUAGAAAAGAGUUUUAUAAGUCAGAUAAGGAUGAUGUAUAGUUACAUGACACCAUUUGUGUCAAAGAAUCCAAGAAGUGCUUAUUUGAAUUAUAGAGACCUUGAUAUUGGUAUCAAUAGUCAUGGGAAGGAUGAAUAUAAUGAAGGAGUGGUUUAUGGAAAGAAGUACUUUGGUGAAAAUUUUGAAAGGUUGGUUAAGGUUAAGACUGAAGUUGAUCCUGAAAACUUUCUUUGGAAUGAACAAAGUAUCCCAACAUUGCCAAACAAGGCCUAG